GCUACUUUUAGCGAUCGCAUCACCUGUCCAUACUGCCUUGCGAAACACAACAACGAUGGUCCAGAAGAUCGCACCGACGCCCGACCUCCUCAUCGCGUCGCGGCCUCGGCAGCGAUGUCGCCAAGGACUUGCGCUGGCACUGCUCUACUUGGUCUUUGCGACACUCGUAGCAGUCAGCUCGUACAAGCUAAGCUCGCUAGCCAACACGACCAUCUUUAUGGGCCUCAACAUAGCGACGUACACUAGCAACAAGUUUUCGAUACCAAUCACCGUGCUACUGCAAGGCUCGACGAACCUGGCGCUCUCGGCAUCGCUUCCAUUUGACGCCAAGCUCUCGCUGAGCACGCUCGUCUACGCGCAGUGUGGAAAGCGCAACACCACAUGUGCCAACGGGUUUCAGAGCACGAGCAAUCAGCUGUGGGGCCACGUGGCGAAAGCGCUGGCGCUCGUUCCACGCUUCGACGACCCGCGUUUCCAGGACCCGACCCAGACCGUCACGAUCCAGCACAUCAACAACAUGAGCGGGUGGAACAAACCGACCGCGCAGAUCUCGAUUGCGGGACACGACAUGGCCAUCACGUGCAUGGUGAAGCGAGCGACCUUCUACCUCGCGUCGGCGCCACCGUCGACGGCCGAGGUGGACUCGAUCGCGUUUUGCUCGCUGCGCAAGUACGAUUCCAACUGGGUCUGCGAAAACGACGCCGACUUGGACGCCAACACGUACGCAAUCCGCGCCAGCCACGGCAAGGCCACGUACUUGGGUGUCGCGCCACGCAGUGACGUCUACUUGAACCCAGGCUACCUCGCCACGUUCCGAAACGGUGCGUCGACGAUGCGGCUCACCACCUUGACGUUCUUUGACGAGUACGAACGCGGUAUUCUUCGGACGCUUGCGCCAUGGGACGUGCUGCCCGCGGCCAGUUGCGCCACGCUGAACCUCGACACGGGUCUUGGCUGGCUGCUGCAUACGCAGGGAUUGGUGACGAUGGUCUGGGAGAGCGACGCGCUCAUGCUCACCAACAGCGUUGUGCUCUGGCUGCUCACCGUGUACCUCGUGGCGCUGCAGCUUGUCUUUCUGCGGCACAGCGUGGUCUGCUGCGUACCAGUCUACAUGUCCAAGACGGUCGUCGACCUCGCGAUCGUCUUUGUCAGCUUCUACGGCAACGCCAACCUCCAGACGCUGACGACGUACUUGAUCAAACGGCCGAGCGCCGAGACGCCCGCGUACUACAAGUGGCUCGGCCCCGCGCAGCUCGCAUCCAUCGUCGGCAUCACGACGGGACCGCUCAUCCAGAUGUGGUUCAACCCGCGACUGGUCACGCAGACGUGGCUGCUUUUGGUGUGUAGCGUCGGCAACUGGAUGCUCGUCUUUGUACUCGAAGCCUUUGUGUUUCCAGACAUGAGCAAGACGGUGCCGGGACCGUGCGGGCAUGCGACGUCGAGCAACUGCUUUAGCUUUGACGCGAUCGCCCGCACGUCGUAUCUCUCGGGCGUCGCGGCCAGCGGUGUCGUCUUUCUAGCGAUACUCUGCGUCUAUGCGCAUUCGGCGUACGCUGCCAGCGUGCACAGCUCCGAUGUCGUGCCCAUGACCAACUCGGUGCUCGAGUACCUCGAGAUCCCCGACUUUUCCAGCGUCCUCACGUCGCCGUACGGUGUCCUCGUGACGACAGAGGACGGCAGGGUGGGCGUCGACAAUGGCGUCCUCUUGGUCAAGAACAUGCUGCAAGUCUCAGACGCAGCGCUCACGCGCACGUCGAACGUCCAGUACGAGCUUCUCUACCGCUUCCUUCCGACAACCUGGCUUCGGACGAUCUUUAGCCGCGCGAUUGGAUCCAUUCGCAUCGUCGCGAUCGAAAAGAAUCGCAUUUUGCACCGAUCGAGCUACAAGUACUUGGACGAAAUGGCUCUGACCCAGCGCGAGUUCUCGCCCUACUACUCGUGAGCCCGCGCCACCAAA